AUGACGGCUCCACAAUCUAUGUCGGCCCCUCCUGGCUACGGUUUGCACGAUCAGGGACCAACGAGGCGGAGAUGGUGGUGGAGAAAACGAGUCUGGGGUUCAACACUCGUUCUGAUCCUCCUGGCUAUCAUAGGCAUAGUCGUUGGCGCUGUUUAUGGAGUGAGAAACUCGAGGUCUGGUCCAAGAAAUGCUCAGAGUGAUCGCGACAGGCUGUACGCCGCUCAAGGUGAAACAUCAUCGGCCCAAGCUAGCCACGCGACCCAUGAAGCAACUGCAGUAUCUCAAACGGUCACUCAACAUUCCGACACCCUCGUGAUAUCCUCCACCCUCCUGAUCGCCUCUACAUCUACAACUGAAGGUAUCACUAGCACGACCUCAAGUUCAUCCUCUACUACGGAAUCGUCAUCACUUUCUCUGCCUCUUUUGCGAGGGCCAGGUUUUGUUCCAAAAGAUCUCAGUGCUGCUAUAGGAGGACCGGCACCAAUUUACUGGGAUUUGCGCGCCGAAGGUCGGCUGUUUCGAAAGGAAGGUGACGGGUCCUGGGAAGCAUAUCCUGAUCACCAGUUCCUUGUGGCACCUGUUGCUGUCAGAACAAGCAGUGAUACACAAACAGCAGUCUCAGUCAACGCUGUGAACGGAAAGAUACUCUAUUCGCACUUCCGUGACGGGUCAUGGGGCAAUUGGCAAGAGCUGGAGUUCGCCGCACAGUUCAGUCGCCGUCCAGCUGUCAUUUCGAGAUCGCAGGGCAGAGUCGAUGUCUUCAGUGCUGACAACAAUGCAUACCUCUGGGUUGUCUCCUACGACGGCUCAUCUUGGAGUGAGUGGACCGAGCUCGGCGAUGCUACCAACGGUGACGUUGCGGCAACAAGCUGGGGCGAGGACAGGAUGGACGUAUUCGUUAAGUAUGGAGACAUCAUCAACGCUCCUGUGCGGCACAAGUACUGGUCUGCUGAGGCGGGCUGGGCGGGGGAAUGGGAAGAUCUGGGCAACCCGUUUACGAGGGGCUGGGACUCCUCUCCAAGACAGACUGAGGUUGGUCGUUACUCGUCUCCAUUGGCAACGUCAUGGUGCGACACAACUGGAGAGUGCAAGAUUGAUCUUGUUCUGAAUGCGGGUACUACAAGCCAUAGACUUUUUCAGAAUGGCGCGUGGGACGACUGGUACAGUGGUACAUUGGGUGCCAGCCAUGAGGGUGCUGAGUUUCCGGAUACUCAAAGCAUCGUUAGAGGCGAUGGGCUCGACGGACGACCUUUUGCGCAUCUAAUCUCCCGCGGCACUGAUACUUGUAUCCACCACAUCGCACACAACGGCACCGAAUGGACGCCUUGGACAUACUUGUGGUGUGAGGAUCGGGACGGUUCGGACUACCCGAACGAAUUCUUACCUACGUUUUUGACAAGCAUGGAUGGCGCGAACAUUGAGGUGUUUGCACGGGACUUGAAGGGGAAUCUGCACAAAUAUGGAUUCUAUGGUACGCCUGCUACGUGGGUGUACCGUGAAGGCAAUGACAAGUGGGAAGAUCUGGGGCAACCUUAGAGAUAUCACGCUAGAGCAGCCGAGAAGCACCUGGCACACUCGCCUCCCAAGUUCAAGCG